AUGGAUCAGAUUCCACUUUCCAAUACCGACGAGCGCGUUUGUCGCCAAUUCUGGGACGCGGGUAAUGCGGUUAUAUCUCCGUGUGCAUUGCCAUACCUUGUCAUCGCUCCAGCGAGUGUCGCUUUACUGUGUUUGUUAGGCUAUAUAUUUGGUUCAUUAUUUCGAAGAUGGAGUCCCCAAUGGACGCGUCCGUUUAUCUCGGAGUUGGAUGAACAACCGGAGAUGGACAUCCCUUUGGAAAGACCCAAUCGACCUUUACAAUGGACCGUCACUCUUCUCGCUCUAUCAACCGCUGGAUUGAUUGUUGAAAUUGUGCAAUGCUUCUCUCCGAAUGUCGAUAUUGCCUCAUUGGCAUUUGUCGCAUCAUGGUCUGCAAUAUGCUUGUUCGUCGCCCUCAAGAGGCCAAGGUCCUGCUCCAUAUGGAUGCUUGCGUAUUUCGGGUUAACAUUCGUGGUCGAAAUGAUUUUAGCAGCGCACACUGAUGCUCGCUCGCAAGUAUUACAUGUUUUCUCUGCUAUUUUAGGAUGUUUAGGGUGUUUUGCUAUUCUCCUGAUGCCUUUCCGCGAGGAACCUCCCCUGUCACUGGGAAUCAGUACCAUGGGACAAGCGCCGUCCAGCAAGCACCGUAGCCCGGAAGACGAUCUGCGACUCUGGCAGUUUCUCACCGUUUCGUGGAUGGCGCCUCUCAUAUCACUUGGCAGGAAAAGACAGCUGAAUGAGCCUGACGUGUGGUUUCUCGGAUUUGAAUUUCAACAUCAGCGCCUCCAUGAAAAAUUUCGCCGUAUGAAAGGAUCUGUGCUGGCUCGGGCACUGACGGCGAACGGGUUAGAUGUUCUCAUUAUUUCUGCCAUUUCGAUCGUGCAACUGGCAUGCAAAUUUUCCACUCCAGCUCUGCUUCAGCUGCUCCUACAGGCGAUGCAAGAUACGACUAAACCCAUACGUGUACCUUUGACAUACGCAGUCUUUGCCCUGAUAGCUCGACUUGUUGCAGCGCAAACUCAAGUAUUGGCUCUCUGGUACGGUCGUCGCUGCUACGAAAGAUCCCGGGGCGAGAUGGUGAUGAUGGUUUAUGAGAAAGCGUUAUCGCGAAAGAAUAUUAUCGGGCUAAGAAUUGAGAAACAUGAGGCUCUAGCCGAGGACGAGAUGGCUGGUGAACGUGAUACUCCAUACGAAGACACCGAAUUGGUCUCUUCCAAAUCUAAUAUAUGGGGCCGUCUUAUCGGGAAAAAGCGCAAAAGCAAGCCCGUGAAACCGAAGGAGGCUGCUUCACUUGGCAAGAUUUUCAAUCUUCUACGAGGAGAUGUGUAUGAAGUGGCUCAACGAUUUUGGGAGGUUGAUACACUAAUUGAUGGGCCCGUGGGUUUGAUUAUAGCCGUCAGCCUUGUCUGGUCACUCUUUGGACCAUCAUGUUUCCUUGGUAUUCUGGCUGUCUUGUCAGGUCAGGUCAUCAACGCAGUUAUCACUCGGUAUUUGUUCAAAUGGGAGAAAAUCAGACGAGCGGCAACAGAUGCUCGACUACAAAUCACAUCGCAAUUUGUCGAAGCAAUCCGCCAUCUGCGAUGGUAUGGCUGGCAAAAUCACUGGCUUCGCCAAGUUAUGGAGGCCCGGCAGCAUGAAUUGAAUUUACGCAUUGUCACUAGCCUGUUUGACUGCCUGAUCCGCUCUGUCAAUGCGUUCUCCAGUGGCGUAUUCCCAGUCAUCGCUCUUUACGCCUAUACCAUGCUUGCAGGUCAUGAACUACGCAUUGACAUCAUCUUUCCCGCGCUUCAACUUUUCGGUAUGCUGGGAACACGUUUGCGCGAGUUCCCUAGGCUCAUUACAACUAUGAUCAAUGCUUAUAUCGCCCUCGGACGAAUUGAAGAUUUCAUGGCCGAACCAGACAAAGAGAUUAUUCCACUUGAUACUCAAGUGAAUGAUGCAAAUUUUGAAAUGCAGUCGUGCUCCUUUGCGUGGCCUGGGAAACUGUCACCUGUGCUGAAUGAUAUAAGUGUGACCAUCUCCCCAGGUCUGACGGUCAUCGUUGGGAAAGUCGGAGCUGGUAAAAGUGCUUUAAUACAAGCAUUCAUGAGUGAGCUCGACCUAUUGAAGGGGAAAUCUCACAUUCCAAACGAAAUGACGGGUUACUGUGCACAAACACCUUGGCUGCAAAGCAUGAGCAUCCGCGACAAUAUUCUGUUCUCAGCUCCUUAUGAGGAGGCACGUUAUAAGCAAACUUUAGAUGCUUGUGCCCUUCUUCCAGACCUUUCACAACUCAAACACGGUGACUUGACUUUCAUUGGUGAAAAUGGUAUCGGUCUUUCCGGUGGGCAGAAGGCGCGAGUAGCUCUGGCUCGAGCUGUUUACAGCCAAUCUCGAGUGCUGCUACUGGACGAUCCGCUAUCAGCUCUCGACCAUAACACUGCUGAAUUCGUGGUCCAGAAGUGUUUAUCAGGCCCCUUGGUAUAUGGGCGCACUGUAAUUCUUGUCACGCAUCGAGUUUCACUUGUUCGAGGAAUUGCCGAUCAGAUUAUUGAGUUGAAUGAAGGACGAGCUGCGAUUCAUGAUAAAACAACUAUUGCUAAUUCAACCCACAACACCGCUGCCGAAAAUACAUUCGCGUUCCAGGACUCUAGAGCUGAGGUUGAAGAGGAGCCCGAUGUCAAUAAUCAUGUGAAUGGUAUUCCAGACAAGCUGCUCACUGAAGAAAGUCGUGCCACCGGGGGCGUUCAGUUCCAUGUAUACUGGACUUAUAUCAAGGCUGGGAAAUACCGGUGGUGGAUUCUUCUGAUUUUGAUAUUGACCAUUUAUCGACUUGCCAAUGUUGGUGAAUCAUGGUUCCUCAAGGGAUGGGGCGAGGCCUACAAUCGUACUGCGUAUUAUCUUGAUGUCGAUGCGUUCUUUGUCUCUCAAGAUCCAACAGAUCGCCUGCCUUCUCCUCACGACGAUGUACGUCCUUGGCUAUGGGCAUUCUUGGCCAUCGUCAGUUUCCAAGCAGUAACUCUUUUGAUCGCACAACUGUUGAUGCUGGUCAUCAUCUACUACUCUGGCAAAAGUCUUUUCAAGCAGGUCAUGGCUCGAGUCAGCCACGCAACUUUCCGAUUUUUUGAUGUCACCCCUGUUGGUCGACUAAUGAACCGUUUGACAUCAGACAUUGGUGUGGUAGAUGGCAACAUCAGUGAACAAUUCCAAAUCAUUGCGUUUCAGGCUAUCACCUGGGUAUCUUCAGUGCUGGUAAUUGCUAGCGCAACACCAACUUUUCUUGUCUUUUCGCUUGCUCUCACCGCCGUUUUUGUGUUAAUAUUCCUGCAUUUCCUUCCAACCUCCCAAAGUCUCAGGAGGCUCGAAAUGGUAUCCCUGACUCCGCUCUUGUCCAAUUUUGGAGAACUCCUGCAUGGACUGACGACAGUCCGUGCUUUUCGUGCAGAGGAGCGGUUCCAAAAUCGCGUCAUAUCGGUUGUUGACAAGUUCCAAGGCAUGGAUCACUUCUAUUGGUCUCUCCAGGCCUGGCUCAUCAUCCGUUUUGAAAGUGUGUCAGCAGGCGCAACUUUCAUCCUGACUGUCUUGGCCUUAUACUCGAAUACACCUGGAAUGACGGCAUUUGUACUAAUAGCAGCGAAUAAUUUUGUAGACGCAACGCACAGCCUGUGCAGGCAAUACGGCCAACUACAGAUGGACUUUGUCUCUGUUGAGCGAGUUGACGAGUUACUUCACAUUGAAGAAGAAUCACCGGGGACCAUCGAGCCCCCAGCUGCGUGGCCUAUAUAUGGCAGCGACAUCACCUUUGAAAACGUCACCCUUCGAUAUGCACCUCAUCUUGAUCCCUCUCUGACCGACAUCUCUCUCCGAAUUCCUGGAGGCUCCACCGCCGCCAUUGUCGGGCGUACAGGCAGCGGCAAGUCCACGCUGGCAACAUCUCUCCUCAGUGUCAUCAAACCAGAAACAGGCUGUAUCAAGAUAGACGGCAUUAACAUUGCCGACGUGAAUACCCAGGCACUUCGAACGCGAGUUACCUUCGUCGCACAAGACCCAGUUCUUUUCCCUGGAAACAUUCGUCUUAAUCUCGACCCAACUGAAGAGUUUUCAGACAGGCAGUGCGCUGACGUCUUAGAACGUAUCUGCGGUCGACAUGGUUGGAGUCUUGAUACGCAUAUUGAAGCUGGCGGUCGAAACCUGAGUCAAGGUCAACGUCAGCUAGUGGCUCUUACUCGAGCUGUACUCCGCCGAAGUUCAGUUGUUAUUUUGGAUGAAGCUACAGCAUCGAUCGAUCACGAAACUUCCCUCGAAUUGCAGCAGAUUGUUCGGCAGGAACUUCAACUAUCUACUGUCAUCACAGUUGCGCAUCGUAUUGAAGCUGUGAAGGAUGCGGACUAUUUUGUGAUCCUGGACCAGGGCCGAGUAGCUCGGCAAGGGGCAUGCUGA